UCUAGGUAUUUUUCGUGAGAUAAGACUUUCGCGCAUGGUGUGAGUCAUAGCCGCCUAGACUUCGCCCACAAAAUCCGACCCGUUAAACCAAACGACAUCCCGCGGCUCGGCGAUGAUUUUCAUUCACCUAAAAUUUCCUCUCUCGUUUCUCUUCUCCUUCUUGAACUCUACUUCUCCUUCCGAUUAUUAUGGCUUAGAAAUAUCUCCUUAGUUCGUUACAAACCCUAAUUGCGUCAUCUUCGUUCUCCCUUUAUCGCAGCCCUACCCUCGCAAGCGUAUGAAGUUUGACUGAAUUGUCGUAAUCGGCGGGGUUGUCGUGCUUAUUCCGUUUAGAUCUUGCAGAUCUGCCCUCGAUUUGGAUCAAGGCUAUCGUGUCUUGCUGCUUUCUGAGCUUGGAAGCAUUGCUUCUCUUGAUGGAUAAUGACCAUUCCGAUGGAUAAUAGUGUUGACCAUUCAUCUACUGAGCGGGCUCAAUGCCUCUUUAACAAGAAUGUUGAAUUGGAGAAUAAGCGCAGGAAAGCAGCACAAGCCAGAAUUCCAUCUGACCCUAAUACAUGGCAACAAAUGCGUGAAAACUAUGAAGCUAUUAUACUUGAGAACCAUGCAUUUUCUGAGCAACACGAAAUUGAGUAUGCAUUGUGGCAGUUACAUCACAGGAGAAUCGAUGAAUUGCGUGCACACUUGAAUGCUGCUUCAUCUGCUUCAGGAUCAACCACUUCUCAGAAUGGUAAAGGUCCUACUAGAGGUGGUCCUGAUCGGGUCACAAAGAUUCGCAUGCAAUUCAAGAUGUUCCUAUCAGAAGCAACAGGAUUUUAUCAUGAUUUGAUGCUAAAAAUCAGGGCAAAAUAUGGUCUUCCUCUAGGAUAUUUCUCAGAUGAUACAGAAACUCAUGUUCCGUCAUUUAAAGAUGGAAAUAAAUCCGCUGACAUGAAGAAAAGCUUAAUAUCGUGCCAUCGAUGUCUCAUUUACCUGGGUGAUCUAGCUCGUUACAAAGGUUUAUAUGGGGAAGGUGAUUCUAAAGCUCGAGACUUCUCAGCAGCAUCAAGCUAUUACAUGCAAGCUUCUUCUCUUUGGCCUGCAAGUGGCAAUCCCCACCAUCAGCUUGCCAUUUUGGCUUUUUACUCGGGUGAUGAAUUGGUAGCAACCUAUCGAUAUUUUCGAAGUCUUUCUGUGGAGAACCCCUUUACCACUGCAAGGGACAAUUUGAUUAUUGCAUUUGAGAAGAAUCGACAGAACUACUCCCAGCUUUUGGGAGAUGCUAAAUCCUCUGUCAAGGCUGCACCUGCACGAGUGGCUGGAAAAGGAAGAGGUAAGGUUGAUACAAGACUUCCACAAAAAGAAGAAAGGCCUGAGACCCAUGCACUGAAAGAUAAAGCAUCAAGUGUUUCUGACGUAUUCAAAGUUUUCAGCACAAGAUUUGUCCGAUUAAAUGGGAUUCUCUUUACACGAACAAGCUUGGAGACAUUUGGAGAAGUGCUCACUGUGGUUAGAAGUGAUUUGGUUGAGCUUCUUUGUUCAGGACCAGAUGAGAAAUACAACUUUGGUUUGGAUGCUGCGGAAUGCAGGCUUACAGUGGUUAGGCUUGUUGCUAUCCUCAUAUUCACCGUGUACAACGUGAAUAAGGAAGCUGAAAACCAGUCAUAUGCCGAGAUUCUUCAGCGCUCUGUUCUUCUACAAAAUGCUUAUACAGCUGUUUUCAAGUUCAUGGGUCAUGUGGUUGAGAGAUGUGGUCAGUUGAAAGACCCAUCGUCAAGCUAUCUACUGCCAGGUGUUAUGAUUUUUGUUGAAUGGUUAGCCUGCCAUGAAGAUAUUGCAGUAGGCAAUGAGCUAGGAGAAACACAGGCAAAAGCUAGAUCUUUUUUCUGGAACAAUUGUAUCAACUUUUUAAACAAAUUAUUGUCUAGCGGGGCAAAGUUCAUUGAUGAAGAAGAUGAGGAUGAUACAUGUUUCUUUAAUAUGAGCAAGUAUGAUGAAGCUGAGACCGGUAAUCGUCUUGCAUUGCCUGAAGACUUUGAACUUAGAGGAUUUCUUCCUCUUGUUCCUGCACAACUUAUACUUGAUUUCUCAAGAUCCUACUCAUUGGGUGGUGAUGUGGGUCGUAAAGAAAAGAAGGUGAGGAUCCAGAGGCUUGUAGCAGCUGGGAAGGCUCUUGCCAAUGUGGUUAGGGUUGGAGGAGAUGGAGUUUACUUCGACACUAAGUCAAAAAAGUUUGUUAUUGGCACUAAACCCCAAAUUUCAGAUGAUUGUUGGCUUGAUAACACUUCGGAACUUUCAAAAUUGAACGGCAAUGGACAAGACAACCCAGCUGCUGCUCAAAUUCAUCCCAUAGAAUUCCCACCCAAUCAACAGUUUUGCACUGAAGGUGAAGAAGAGGAAGAUGAAGUGAUUGUGUUUAAGCCAUCCAUGAGCGAAAAACUCACAGAUGGAUUCACUUCAAAUAUGGCUGCAGUCCCUGUUACGGCUCCUGUUCUUAACGUAUCUUCUGGAGUUAAUCUAGGCAUUGAUGCCGGGCCAAUACUUUCCUCUGGGCUUGACGUGUUUCUGCAAAAUGGUUUUAAUCCUAGCUCAAGGCUGCAUGGUCAUUCUGGAAUAACCCAAACUACUGCUGCUAACAACAAUACCCAUUAUGUGUCAUCAAUGCAACCAAGCUGUACCAUGUGGUCAUUGGGACAAAAUGGGAUUAGCAAUGGAUUAGCAAACUUGAAUCUGAUGGAAAAUAGUUUUACUAAACCUGAGCCGCAUAGUCACUCUGGAAUAACCCAAACUACUGCUGCUGCAUAUUCAGUCGCCUGUCCACAAACUCUGAAUUUUACAUGUGCUGAUAGUAAUCCUAUCCAGUUAACUGAUGGUUACCUACAACCCGCGUUAAGUUCAAUUUCAGUUCCUGGGUUGGGCAGCAUGUCAAUGAGGCCAUCUUCAAUCACCUCAGCUGGCUCAAAGAAAAAUCCAGUUAGUCGGCCCAUCAGACACUUGGGUCCACCUCCAGGCUUUGGUUCAGUUGCUUCCAAAGCAAUUGAUGACUCAUCCUCAGCCUCGACAUUGAUGAAUGACAUCACACACACUCCUGAUGACUAUAGUUGGCUUGAUGGCUAUCAGUUUCCUUCAACAAUUCAAGGAUCAGGACACAGCAGUUCUAUUAUUGAUCCUUCAAUGCAUCCAUAUCAACCUGCUUACAACAACGGCAGUAACUCUGUGGGGAUGGUUAGCUUUCCUUUCCCCGGAAAACAAGUGUCAUCUUCAUUGUAUGCCCAGGCUGACAACCAAAAUGGCUGGCGAGAUUUGCAGAUGCCCGAGCAAAUGAAUGUACUCCAGGAACAACAGCAUCAACAACUUCAGCUAGGAAAUCAACGUACUGUAGUUCUGCCUCAGCAGUAUAAGGUUCAGUCAAUGUGGGAAGGUGACCGUUUCUUCGUGUGAGACGAAUAUUGAAUCCUAAACGUUGCUAUGAAGUUCAGCCAUCAUGUUUGAGGUGUGGACAGUGUUAUUAAUGUUUCCUGGAUGGUCUUGGAUUGUUGCGGGCACCUGCUGUUGAAGAGCUUGUGCCGAGCUUUCCAGACUGGAUGAUGAGUGGAGGUUGUGGCAUCAAUAGGUGUACAAGAAUUGUUAACCGAGCCUCUACCUAUAGUUCAGUUGUUACGCACAAGUGAGAUAUGGUAUCAGUAUUUUUGGUGGGAAGCUGGGAGGGAAUUCGGAUGAAAGGGAAUUUGUGCAAAUCUACCUUCUCGCUGCUGCUGGUGGAUAAGUUUGUCUUGAGGAUGCGUGCGGUUUGUGGAACAAAAGUGCACACACUGACUGGCAAUUCUCAUGCCUCCUGCUAUAAUAAAUAAUACGACAAGAGCCUUCCGUCAAAGAUAAUAUGAAGGAUUUCAAAAAUCAUGGGUAUAACCAUGCUUUUAGAUUGGAAUAAAUUUACGAUCAUUGACUACUUUAUUUCGUGAUUCUACUUAUAAUUGCUAUUUGGUUUUGGGUAUUUCCAUCGGUUGGGAAUAUACUGUUGUUUUAAGACUUGUUUUGCUGCUUGCACUGCUAUUAUAUAUACACACAUUACGUAUUACACUACUUUCUGUAAAGUUUUGAUUUGGUUGCCUGUAGUCUUUGCUAGUUCUUUUUGCUGCAUUUGCUUUAGUCUUAACCAAGAGCAUUGUUCAAGACCUCAAGUCCUCUUCAUGUUUG